GAUUAUAAACCUCCACAUCCAGCGGGAGUUCUGCGGAUGUUUAAGCCAGAAUUCCGCUCCUGUUAUCGGGCGGAACUUCCCCGUUUCGCUCGGGAAACUGGUGAGGAAGACAGAAAGGUGAUGCCUUUAGGAAAAUAGGAGUUUUGAACUUGAUAAAGCUUCACUACUUCAGGGAAAUUUCACUUCUCACUGCUACAUGGCGAAGUUUCUGGCUGAAUUACUGGGAUGCGCACUUCCCAACAAGAGGACUCCUGCUCUGUUUGAGUGUCGCAGUCCGCCGCAUCUUGGACUCGGUCUUUCCUCCAGACAGCGGGACAACAUGCCGCAGACACCACCUUUCAAGGGGCAGCUGAACACCGGUGGCUACAACAACAAUUUGUACGACGAGACCAAGGAGGAAGUCUACACCGGCCUUUAUUAUCAUGACAACAACCUGGCGUCCGGCUCCCUGGAGGCCCUCAUUCACCACCUGGUGCCAACUGUGGACUAUUAUCCAGACAGGACCUAUGUCUUUACCUUCCUGCUCAGUUCUCGCCUCUUCAUCCACCCGUAUGAACUUAUGUCCAAAGUGUGCCACCUGUGCAUGGAGCAGCAGCGACUCAGUGAUCCUCAAGCAGAUAAGCUGAGACUCAGAAAGAUCACUCCAAAGAUUCUGCAGCUGCUGACGGAGUGGACGGAAACGUUUCCCUAUGACUUCAGGGAUGAGCGGAUGAUGCGCAGCCUGAAGGAGCUGACCCACCGGCUCGCCAGUGGAGACGAGGUGUACAAGAAGGCGGUGGGGCAGAUGAGCCAGGGUCUGAUCAGGAGGCUGACGGUGCUCAGCCAGUACGAGGAGGCGCUGGUGAAGGUCAACGCCACGGCGGCGGAGCGGCUGACGGCGCUGAAGGCCAAACCCCAGGCAGCGACCCAAAGAGACUUGCUCUCCAUUUGCAACGACCCCUUCACCGUCGCCCAGCAGCUCACACACAUAGAGCUGGAGAGACUGAGUUACAUCGGACCUGAAGAGUUUGUUCAGGCUUUCGUCCAUAAAGACCCUCUGGACAAUGACAAGAGCUGCUUCAGUGAUCGCAAGAAGGCCAGCAACCUGGAAGCCUACGUGGACUGGUUCAACAGACUCAGUUAUAUGGUGGCCACAGAGAUUUGUUUGCCUGUGAAGAAGAAGCACCGAGCUCGAGUCAUCGAGUUCUUCAUCGACGUGGCACGUGAAUGCUUCAACAUCGGCAACUUUAACUCCCUCAUGGCCAUCAUAUCUGGGAUGAACAUGAGCCCCGUGUCCCGGCUGAAGAAAACCUGGAGUAAAGUCAAAACGGCCAAGUUCGACAUUUUAGAGCAUCAGAUGGAUCCGUCAAGCAACUUCUACAACUACAGAACAGCGCUGAGAGGCGCCACGCAGAGGUCCAUCACGGCCAACAGCAGCAGAGAGAAGAUCGUCAUCCCGUUCUUCAGCCUGCUCAUUAAAGACAUCUACUUUCUCAACGAGGGAUGCGCCAGCCGGCUGCAGAACGGCCUCAUCAACUUCAAGAAAUUCUGGGAACUCGCCAAACAAGUGAGUGAGUUCAUGACCUGGAAGCAAGUGGAGUGUCCGUUUGAGAAGGACCGCAAGAUCCUGCAGUACCUGCUGACCGCGCCUGUGUUUACUGAAGAUGCUCUGUAUCUGGCAUCGUACGAGAGCGAAGGUCCCGAGAACAACAUGGAGAAGGACAGAUGGAAGUCUCUGAGAGCCACUCUGCUGAGCAGAGUUUAAAGCUGAAGGAAGACAAACCCAACAGGCGGGACGCACUCUGUCCACUCUGCUGUUGUCCAAGCAAAGUAUCCCAAUCUCCGAAGGGAAACGACAAUCUCUCCUCAGACUGUGGAGGACUUUGAAUGUUCCCCUCCCCAGCACUGAGCUGUGCUUACGACCCUGCGUCCUCCAUGCUGUAUAUUUGAAGACAGCUGUUUUUCAUCUCUUUGUAUGACUUUAUAGUCGUUUUGUUAAAGACACACUACAGACCUUCAGGGUGAAAAAGAAGGUUUAUCUUUCUGUGUGCAGGUUGGGGCUUGUUGCGCCCCCUGCUGUUUUAAUACUUUUAAUAUUGCGUUAGCUGCUGGUCAGCUAGCAACACAGAUACGCUACACACCUUCUGGUUCCUGAUGCCAGCAUUCUCUGCACAGAGAAGCCAAACCUUAAUGCUGUAGUUCACUAA